UCACCGCUUUGGUAUUCGGUCACGGCGGUUGAACUCGGACAAGAGUCCCGUUCUUGAACUCGACCGAUCGAAAGAAUUGCCUCCUCAAAAGCUAGCUUUCUAGUUUUCUGCCGUUUCCGACAUCGCAUAUCUAGGAGGCCUCUACCAAUUGGUUGUACAAGUCUCACCGUCAACGAGAGCCUUCCCAAUCACGACCUUCUCAUGCUUACAGCCCCCACCUCCCGAGCCUAUGACGAAUUACCCUACCAGUCAACAGCGACUUGACUGAUUCUGCCGCCAAAGGUCCGGUGAAUUGUUUGCCUCACGAUCCACUUCCCAACGGCGCGUUCUUGCAGCCAGCGAUCCCAUUUCACGCGAGAAAGGCACCCGUGCGGCACUGUUCAGGCAAGUGGUUUAGGGAGAAAUAAGGCGCAACAAAGAAACAGUCAGCCUGUCAUGGCGAGGGACAGAGACAGCGACGGAUUGGGCGCCAACCAAUCAAAAAAGCCACCCGCCGCCGACGUGAGCGACCAACCACAGCAACAUCCUCCGCAGCAGCAGUACCGAGCGAAGGGCCAGAAACACGUCGUAGGUGGGCGUCCCCAUGCACGGAAUCCGUCCUCGAAGGGUGUCCAGAAACACCAUGCCGCUACGUCAACAGCGAAGUUGAAUCGAAGACACGGGUCGCUUUCCCCCGAUCGAGGACCCGGCGCCGCGAUUGCGUCCCAUCACCACCGCCGAGCGACCUCCGAGCUGAAACUGUCGCGCGACCCGUCGGCGUCCAAUCUCAAAAAGAACACCUCGCAAACAAACCUAAAGCGCAAUCGAUCGCAGGCCGAGGUUGGAAAAAAGACAAAGUCGGCCAUCAACCUCCAACGUUCCAUUUCGAGUCCCGCCGUUCACAAGCUGAGGUCCUCUGGAGGCUCCAAGGUCCAAUUCAAUCUCGGCGACGAGGAGCAAAACGGGGACCAAGACGACGACGACGAGUGGGUGGACGCCAGCACAUCUGCUUCGCCUCUGCUCUCCCGCCGCGGCUCUGCCGUCAGUUCCGCGUACACGACCAAUGCCGCAGCCGACGACGAAGAUUCGCUAUCCGGAUCACCGACGCCACACGCUGAGCUCCAGCGCACCUUGAGCAACGGGGCACAGAGCGAUUCGCAAAACGGCACGCAAAACGGCGCAACAGACGGCUCACAAUACUCCGUCAGCAGCCUUCCUCGGAACAAUAAGAUCGCGCACAACGAAUACCUCACAUCCCGAAUUCUAUCAAGAACCUCGUCGCACGGCGCUCCACCCAUGAUGUCGACCGAAAACGCCUCGGCCCGGCCGUCUUCCUUGCGGCAGCAGUCGCCUCCGGACUCGAGCCCCGGUCCGAGUCAAUACCUUUCCAACACCCCCGUUACCACAGCCCAGGCCCGGCCGGGUAGUAGCGGGAAGGCGGAGCUCACCUCUCGGUUCGUAGGAAACAACAGUCAGGAGCCGGGAUCUGGGAUAGCGGGUGAAUCGUUCAUGCUAGCUGCACAUAGGAAUGGGCCGCCGAGGGUGGGAAUAAAUAUCAAAGACGAGAUCAGCGUGCCCAAGCGACGGCGGUCUGCGGGUGCCCUAUCACAAGCGCGAGGCAUUGAUGCCCUGAACGCUCGUCGGGCAGCCGCAGAGAAUGCCAGCGACGACGAGGAAGAGGAGGAGCGCAUGGCGCGGGUGUCCCGUUCACGGCGGAGCGGCGAGUACGCCUUGCCGCGGGAGAUGAACAGAACCCAACAAAAGCUCAACCUGCAGCGCGCGAGCUCCAGCCUGGAACCUCCACACCCCCACCCGGGGAUAGGGAUGGGCCCGCCCAGCGUGACCGCCGGCACGGGGCCGCUCAUCGGCGUGCCGACCGCGUACGACGCGCGCGACCCGCGCGUCAACAAGGCGCUCGAGCGGACGGGCAUGGAAUACCUCACGGUGCGGCGCCACCUCAACCCGGUCGCCCGCUCCAUCGCCCGCGUCAUGCAGCUCCCGGGCCUCGAGAACAGCCGCCGCAUCCCCCGCCCGGGCACCGCCGCCUCCUCCCACCACGCCUCGCGCCUCUCGGAGCAGUACAACCCCAACAACCACCGCGACCGCGACCGCGACGCCAUCACCCGCAACUCCAGCAUGGCCGACCUCAUCAACGGCUCCGGCAGCGGGGGCCGCCGACCCCCCACACCACGAAGCGGCGGCGGCGGCGGUGGCGGCGGGGUGUUCUCGACCCUGCAGAGCGCCAGCUCCAGCCUCGGGACCGACGACGACGACGGCGCCAGCCGCAUGCAUGAGCGCCAGGGCCAUGUGCUGGGCAAUGGCCACGGCAAUGGCCACAGCCAUGCGCACGGCCACGGUCAUGGGUUGAGCGGGACCAGCCUGGUCGACGGCGCCGAGGACGCGGGCACGCUGGCGCUGCUGCGCAUGAUGUGGGAGAAGAAUAUGGAUCUGAGCGCCAGCCAGGACUAGAGCGACUGGCGGCUGCUACAGAGGGGUGAGGGGGUGGUGAUGGUGGGUGGGGGUGGUGGGGGUGGUGAUAGUGCAG